AAUUUAUUAAGCAAAUGGAAAAUUUGGAGCAACGUAUCUCUCUUCCUUCUCUCAAGCUCUAAGUCAGCGACACCAACUAACAGUAGCGUGAUGCUACGGCCAUGUGCUCGCUUGUGUCUCCUAUCUCGUAGAACAUUUAGCUCAGUCAACCUUCCUGUCCUUCCCACACAGCCCAGCCUCACCCUGCAAACAAAUAAUCUGCUUGGUGAAGUGCGAGCCCUGGCUACGCGGGGGCAACUCAACGAAGCACUCUCACUCUUCUACACUCUUCAACCGCCACCAACACAAACUCACUGCAACCAAACCUACGCCACUCUCUUCCACGCAUGUGCUCGCCACAACUCCCUCCAACAAGGCCUUUUUCUGCACCAUUACAUGCUUGCGCACAACCCCAUCACUCCUCAUCCCGACCUCUUUAUCUCCAACCACCUCAUUAACAUGUACGCGAAAUUUGGCUACCUAGACCAUGCCCACCAACUAUUCGAUGAAAUGCCCAGGAGAAACCUCGUCACAUGGACCGCUCUCAUUUCUGGGUACGCACAGCGGGGUCGAGCUGAAGCUUGUUUUCGUUUAUUUGCUGCCAUGUUGGUGCAUUACCUCCCGAAUGAGUUUGCAUUUUCCAGCGUGCUAAGUUCGUUUGCCGAUAGUGAUGGCGGAUAUGGCCGGCAGGUACACGCCCUCGCUUUGAAAAUGUCCUUGGAUGCUUGCGUUUACGUUGUGAAUGCUCUCAUCACCAUGUAUAGCAAGGUGUGUGAUCAUGGAGGUGUGUUUGACGUUAGUAGAGACGAGGCGUGGAAGGUGUUUAGAAGCAUGGAAUCCCGGAAUCUUAUAACCUGGAAUUCCAUGAUUGCAGGGUUUCAGUGUCGUGGACUGGGAGCUCAAGCUAUUGAUCUGUUUGUACAGAUGCACGUUGAUGGACUUGAGUUUGACCGUGCCACACUUCUCAGCGUUUUUUCUUCCUUGAAUGGAGUAAAUGGCAUUGAUGAUAUAGUGGUCACUAAGUUUUGUUAUCAACUGCAUUGUCUGGUUAUCAAAACCGGGUUUAUAUUAGGAAUUGAAGUGGUCACUGCAUUAGUUAAAGCUUAUUCAGAUCUUGGAGGGGAUGUUGCUGAGUGUUACAGGCUUUUCUCUGAGACAAGCUGUCAUCGGGAUAUUGUAGCGUGGACAGGCAUUAUGACAAUAUUUUCCGAGCGGGACCCUGGAGAAGCACUCUCCCUUUUUCGUCAAUUACGCAGGGAGAAUUUGGCUCCAGACAGGUAUACCUUCUCAAUUGUUUUAAAAGCCUAUGCAAGCCUUGCAACCAAGCGCCAUGCCUCGGCGGUUCAUUCUCAAGUUAUCAAAGGCGGGUUUGGGGGUGACACAGUCCUUGCAAAUGCCUUAAUCCAUGCCUAUGCUCGGUGCGGCUCCAUUUCCUUGUCUAAGCAAGUUUUUGAUGGAAUUGAGUUUCGUGAUGUUGUUUCGUGGAACACAAUGCUCAAGGCUUAUGCCUUGUAUGGACAAGCUGCAGAGGCACUGCAGCUUUUUUCACAAAUGGACAUUAGACCUGAUUCUGCUACCUUUGUUUCUCUCCUCUGUGCUUGUAGCCAUGCUGGACUGGUAGAAGAAGGAUCCAGAAUCUUUGACUCCAUGCUUGAGAGAUACGGAAUUGUACCUCUAUGUGAUCAUUAUGCAUGCAUGGUUGACAUUCUUGGUCGAGCAGGACGAGUUGGUGAGGCUGAGAAGCUUGUGAGUAGAAUGCCAAUGAAGCCCGAUUCCGUAGUUUGGAGUGCACUCCUUGGAUCUUGUAGGAAGCAUGGAAAUACACAGUUGGCCAAGUUAGCAGCUGAUAGACUGAAGGAGUUGGCUCCAGAGGGUUCAUUAGUUUAUGUACAAAUGUCAAACAUAUAUAGCUCUGAUGGUAACUUUGGUGAAGCGGGCCUAAUUAGGAAGGAAAUGAAAGGGUCUCGAGUGAAAAAGGAACCUGGAUUAAGCUGGAUUGAGAUCGGAAAUCAGGUGCAUGAGUUCUCCUCUGGAGGCCGACGCCAUCCAGAAAGGAAUCUUAUAAGCAGAAAACUAAAAGAACUGAUUGGACGGUUAAGGGAAAUUGGUUAUGUUCCAGAUACACGCUCAUCCUUGCAUGAUGUGGAAGAGGAGCACAAAGAGGAGCAAUUGUACCAUCAUAGUGAGAAGCUAGCUUUAGUGUUUGCCAUUAUGAAUGAAAGCAGUUUACAUUGCGGUAGGACUGCUAUAAAAAUAAUGAAGAAUAUCAGAGUAUGCGUGGAUUGCCACAACUUCAUGAAGUUGGCAUCAAAUCUACUUCAAAAGGAUAUUGUUGUGAGAGACUCAAACCGUUUCCACCACUUUAAAGAUGGCAUAUGUUCUUGCAAUGAUUACUGGUAAGCAGUAACAAAAGCACAUACCUUGCCAAGAUGCCAUGAGUAAGUACAAGAAGAUUAUCAGGCUUCUUAUCUGCAUUUGCAACAUCUCUGGAGGAGGAGGAUGCAAGACAUCCCUGGGUGGUAGUGAUAGCGUGAGCUCUAAGGCCUUGGUUUCUCCAAAUAUUAUAUGCGCAAUUUCUAAUUAUCAGAAGAGAAGGCCAAAUAAGAAGAAGAUCAACAAGAUGAUGAGGAAGAUGCCUAGAGCUCCUCCUUAUGAGGCUAGAAAGGCUGUGUUGUGGAGUAGAUUUUGAGCAGUAGACUACCAGAAAACGGUUCGUAGCUCUCUUUGAUGUCAAGUAUUUAUCUGUUACAUGCACAAUAAAAGCCGAAGUAGCUCAUCUUGCUUGAAGUUAUAUCAUAAUCUGAGGAACAAGUCGACAAAGGGCAUUAUUACUUAACUUUCCGAUUUGUUUUGAAGUAAUCGAGUUAAUCCGAUGUUUAGAUUUGAAGCCCAGUCACUGCAUUGCUUUGGAUUUUGGAAUGCCCAAGUAGAAUAAGGAAGAGACUGCACAAAUGGUGGCCCUCUGUGGCUUAUUUCAAAGUUGCAUCACCUAGUGCAAGCAGCAGAAGGUGGUACUGAUAUAUAUAGUAGCAGAAACCAUGAAGUUUGAUUGAGAAAGCUUAGUCAUCAGAUCAUGCUUGGAGACAAGGGGCUGACCUCGGUUUUUAGCAGGCACUACAUUGAUGUCAACAAUCUUGAUCGAUGUCUUUUGCAAUUAGGUCAUUGUUGUGUAUGGCUAUUGAUGAGUGAAACUGUUUUGCUUCACCAAUCUAAAAGCCUUCUCUAACAAAUGAAGCGAAUUGCUGUCAACAUCAUACAUGAACCACACACUUUGCUGUUUAUAUUUAGGCUUUGAAAAUUGUCCAUCCUGCUCGUGGGCUUCAAGGCUGCGCAAAAGAAGUUGGCAUCAAUUCUACUUCAACAGGAAAUUUAUUGUGAGAGACUCAAAUCCUUCCACCACAAUUUAUGUCGGCAUACGGUCUUGCAAACGACUCUUGGUACAUAACAAACUAGGAGCAACAAACCAAACCAAGCCGGUCGUGCUUGCAUUUAUCUGCAUGCUGUUGAUGCUGGAACUUAUCUCUGAUGUCCUUGGAUCAUUUUGAGCCAAUUUCGACUAUGAUGGACAUUUCAGAAUAGCACAACUAACGCAGAUAUACAUUAGCUUCCGUUGCAUUGUUUUACAUUUUGAUGCUUCAUGCCUAGAUGCCUAAUAUAUACUGCUAUACUAAAAGCUCAAAAAGCUUAUUCUUUAUGUAUAGAUGAUGAAUGUCAAAUUCAUCCGAUUAAUCAAGUAAAUGCUGCUGGACUUUUAAAAAAAGCACCUCAAAAAUGA